CAUUUUGACACCUUUUGAAGUGAAGAUGAUACUUUUAUUGUUUAUAACUUUAUUUGCACUUGGUUCAACUGCUCCUGCCGAUCAACAAAUUACUAGUCUUCCAAAUCUUACGGAACCUUUGAGAUCGAAACAUUACGCAGGAUAUUUAAGUAUUUCAGACGUCAAACAACUAUUUUAUUGGUACGUCGAAUCCGAAGAAUCUCCGGAGACUGCUCCAGUUGUCUUAUGGCUUAAUGGAGGUCCAGGAUGCGCAUCAAUGGAAGGUCUUUUCAUUGAAAUGGGACCAUUUCGAGUAAGAAAUUAUGGAGAAGAAGUGAAUCGUAAUCCGUGGACAUGGAAUAGAAUUGCCAAUAUUAUAUAUUUGGAUGCACCUGCUGGAGUUGGGUUCUCAUAUUAUAAUACUACAAAGAAAGUUUUCACUGAUGAUGAAGUUGCUCAAGAUAACUUUAAUGCAUUGAAAAUGUGGUUUGCAAGAUUCCCUGAACGGAAGACGAAUGAUUUUUACAUUGCUGGUGAAUCAUAUGGUGGAACUUAUGUUCCUAUGCUUUCUGCUCGAAUUACAAAAGCAAAUGUAGACUUUCCUCAGUUUAAGGGAAUGCUUGUUGGCAACGGAUGUGUGGAUGAUCAAAUCAAUUUUAAUACAAAUAUCAUGUAUCAAUAUUAUCAUGCAGUCGUAGACGAGACUCAAAUGCAAAAUGUGACUCAACAAUGCUGCAAUGGAACCAUGGACUGUGACUAUUACACCAUCUCUCAAGGCAACGACACUUGUGGAGAUUUGGUAAACCAACUCAGUUACUCCAUUUAUUACACCGGUUAUGAUCCAUACUUCCUCUAUUUUGCGUGUUAUCUCAAUCCAAAUCUUCCAUAUCCCCCUCACGAGGAGAUUCGAAAACUUCAGAAGAAUGUUCUCAGAAAUAAUCUCUACAAGAAAAUCAUUGGAGAGUCCCCUGUUUUGAAGAAUAAAUAUUUCUAUCCACCAUCAAACGACAUUCAAGGACAACCUGAUUGUGCCUCUCAUGAUGAUCACUUUCCUUAUUUGAACUCCCCAGAAGUCAAAAAAGCUUUGAGAAUUCCAGAUUAUGUUCCAAAGUAUGAAAUGUGCAAUAUGGAAAUCGCUGAGAAUUAUCAAUCGCAGUAUCCAACCAUGAAAAAGUUCUUUGACACUGUCAUUGAUGCGAAAAAGCACGUUGCUAUGUUCAACGGAGACGCAGACACGCUUUGCAACUACGUUGAAAACUCUCAAUUUAUUUACAAAACUCUGAAAAAAACAGUGAAAACUGCAAUGAUGCCAUGGAAUGACCCAGUUCAACUUCCAAUGGCUGUUGGGCAAGUCACAGAAUACGAUGGAAUUACAUUAAUCUCAAUCAAAGGAGGUGGACAUUUCCCAGCUGCAACUGAACAGAAACCUAAAGAGACCUUCCAAAUGUUCCAGAAUUACGUGAAGCAUCAAAAUUAUAGUACCCCUGUAGCUUUCGAUAAGACGUUUAAUUUAACUUCAACUAUUAUUGCAGUUGGAUCUAAAUUAUUUCUGAGUUUUUGCAUCUCUAUUAUAUUGUUUUUAUGAACCAUUUCAUGUUUUAAUAAAGUUUCUUAAAAUUAAUCGAAAAUUAUAUUAAUUUUGAAUAAAAUAAACAUUUUAAAAAACAA